AUGAGGCUCACGUUGAUCCAAUUUAACAGGCUCAAGGUAGCGUCCCUCCGAGAAGAAGGCCACCGCGACGACCCUGAGAAUAUUAAAGAGAGACCUCCCCUUAAGGGCGUCCGCUUUCAUAUCGCCGCGUGGGUCUCUUGGUGGAGAAAGGCAGAGAGACGAAGGUUCUACAAUGAUGAGGAGGACAAGGUUGAGGAACCUGCCUACCCCCAGAAGCCACGCAAUCGUCCAACGACUGAGGAUAAGGAGGAAUACACCGAAAGAGUAAGGGAAUGGGAAGCUGGGAAGCCUCAUAAGGUAGAGGUCAAGGUUCAGGGGUAA